AUGAAGGCCUUCCUUGGUCUCCUCGCCGCAAGUGCCUGCAGCGCACACACAAUCUUCUCCUCCCUCACGGUAGGAGGGACCAACUACGGCAUCGGCAACGGCGUCCGCGUCCCCUCCUACAACGGGCCCAUCGAGGACGUCACCUCGGACUCGCUGGCGUGCAACGGGCCCCCCAACCCGACCACGUCGACCCCCCUCGUCAUCAACGUCAACGCGGGAGACACCGUCACGGCCGUCUGGCGCUACAUGCUCAGCACGACCGGCUCGGCGCCCAACGACAUCAUGGACUCGACCCACAAGGGCCCCGUCUCCGCGUACCUCAAGAAGGUGGACAACGCGGCGACGGCGCCGGGGGCCGGCGGCGGCUGGUUCAAGAUCCAGGAGGACGGGCUCGACUCCAGCGGCGAGUGGGCGACGACCAAGGUCAUCAACGGCCAGGGCCUGCACAAGAUCACCAUCCCCAAGUGCAUCGAGUCCGGGCAGUACCUCCUCCGCGCGGAGAUGCUGGCCCUUCACUCGGCCACGGGGUACCCUGGCGCGCAGUUCUACCAGGAGUGCGCCCAGAUCAACGUGAUUGGGGGCACUGGCACCGGCAAGCCGUCGACUGUUAGCAUUCCCGGCGCGUACAAGUCGACUGACCCCGGCGUCACGAUCAAUAUCUACUGGCCCCCCGUGACCAGCUACACGAUCCCGGGACCUAGGCCGUUCACCUGCUAA